AUGCGAUUUAACUUUGAGACUCAAAAACAAUCCUAUAGUGAAAGUGAUCUCCAAAAAGCAUAUCAGAAUUAUUUAAUUGAACUUAUUAGUAAAUUAUAAAUUGAAUUUUUAGAUGAUUUUUAGAAUUUGUAUGUAGAAAGGAAACGAAUUAAAGUAGAACUUCAAAAGCGUUAAAGAGAGGAGGAUGAACUUAGAGGAUAGUAAUUAUUAUAAUUAUAAUUCUUAAAGUAAAUGGUCAGAAUAAACACAAAAGAAAAAAUAAUUUCGAAAUUAAGCGUUAACAUAUGAUUAAAAAUUGUAAUAAAUUGAAGAGGAAAGAAAUAAAGAACAAAAAAUAUAAGAUUGUUUUACAAAAGAGGCUAUAAGAUUGGAAUUAGAAAGAAGAUUAUCAAUAUAAUAGUAUCAUAUUAAAGAAGAGAAGAGUUUAGCUAGUAGAAAGAAAGUGUUUUAGGAAUUAAGAAAGAAGGCAGCUAUUGAAAAUAAUAAAGUAUCUUAGAAAUUAAAGAAUUAUCGAAAUAAUAUGAGUGAUCAAUUAGAGGAAGGUUUGAGAAAAUCAAAAUCAUUCUAAGAGAAAUUAGAAGCUAGGUAAUUUUUGAUUAUAAAUAAUAGAGAUAUUUUGAUAUAAAAAUAAAGAGCUAAAUAAGUAUCUGAAAUUGCUAAUAGAAAUCGUAAAUUAGAAGAGAAAAUAAAUAAUGUUAAGGAUGAUUUUGAAAAUCGUAUGGUAGAAGAACUCUAUAAAAAAUAAUAAGAAAUGGAUCAAUCUUUUGAUUAUAGAUAAAUGACAGCUGAAUAAAUGGAAAAAAAUAAAAUUGAAAAAUAAUAACUUUUUGAAUAAAAACUUAAUUAGAUUAAUUAAAAGAUAAAAUAACAUUAAGAAGAAAAGGAAUUUGAAUUAUUCAAUAAGGUUGGAUAAAGAAUGGAAAAAGCAGAAAAAUAAUAAGAGGAACAUGAUAAAUAUCUAUCAAAAUUGUAAUUUCAUAAAAGAAGGCAAUUAGAACAAAGAUUUUCAAGACAUAAAAAAAGAUAUAAAGAAUCUGAAGAACGUUAAUAAGAAAAAAUGGCAGAAUGGAUAUAAAAAGUAAAUAGUAUUUAAGAAAGAAUUGAAAAAUUUAAAUUAAAAAAGAAUGAAGAAUAAAAGACUUUAAAAGAAUAAAGAUCAUAAAGUUUUAAGGAACAUUUAGAAAAUAUGUAAUUUAAUAGAAAAAGCUAAGUUUUAUUUUAUUUAUCUAUUUUAUAGGAAAAAGAUUAAAUGAAAUAUGUUGAGAAACAUUAAUUUGUAUAAAGUAAACUAAAGAAGAGUAAGGAAGAAUAAGAAUAAUUGAGAGCUUAUUUAAAUAUUUCAAGAUCAAAAUUUGAAAAGAAUAAUCUAUUAUAAUUAGGAGAAUUAUCUAAUUUGAAAUAUUCUUCAUCAAUUUAUUUAUUAAAGUAUUUUUAUAAUAUUAUAUAUAGUAAAUUAAAAGAAUUAGAGGAUGAAGAUAAAUUUGCUGAAAUUUCAUAGAAAUUUAAUAAUGCUCUAUGA